AUGUCCUCUUCAUUACCGGGCCCAACAGCCUCUACGCCUCUACUACACGCUCAAGCUGGGCCUUCCAAUCUCCGGCCUCAGCCUGGGUCGCCCGCUGUCUCAUACUCGGGCACGCUCACCGACCCUUCAUCCUCACAGCAACGACCCUUCCUUUCCCCACUCUCAAGACGACGUCGCAAGGCAUCGCCUAUAGUACGCGUCGUGCCUGCCGCUUUCCUGCUCGUACUAUUCACAGGCUUCGUCUUCAUCGCGUGGAACAUCAGCUCGGUGGGGGCAUGCUAUGUCCCCUGGCUGUGCCGUAUACUCGGCAAGGGGAAAUGGAGGAGUGAUGAGGUAUGGUGGAGGAAUACAGGGGCAUAUGCACCUUUUAGGUCAAGAGGGACAGGUGGCGGUCAGAUCAAUCUACCGAGGGGAUGUGUAAUCGACCAGGUCAACGUGCUGCACCGUCAUGCGGCGAGAUACCCCACUACCGGCGCAGGCCAAGCCAUGCAGAAGUCUCUGACAAAGUUGAAGGGCCGAGUGAUCAAAUCGCCCAGGAGACAUCCUGAGCUGGACUUUCUGAACAAGGCGGACCUCGAUAUGACGGGCUGGAGAUUCGAUGCCUUGAUGGAUCAAGGCCGAAGAGCGGCAUGGCGAUCGGGUAAAGAGUUUGCGGCACGAUAUAGGAGGUUACUGGACAAGGGUGAGGGGAUAUUCAGCCGAUCCUCUGGCGGAGACAGGGUGGUAGAGACGGGCCAAUACUGGAUGCUUGGACUCAACGACGAGGCGUUCAAAGUAAUGAGCACCAAGAGCCUUCCCGGCGUCAAUGUAACAAUCUCGGAGGAGGACGGGUUCAACAAUACACUAUCGGUUCAUAGCUGUUCUGCAUACGAGAAGCUCGAUCCUCCAGCUGGCAGGAAAGAGCGAGAGGCCGUGUACCCCUUGCUCUCAUCUACGCUUCACCGCCUGAACGAUCUUCUCCGCCCCGAUCCCGCUCUCACAUACGAUGACCUCGUCUACCUGGCCGACAUGUGCCCCUUUGACUCGCAGCGCGAGGGGACAGAGUGGAAGGCGUGGAGCCCAUGGUGCAGGCUAUUUGACGGUUACGAGUGGGAGAUACUGGGCUAUCUGAAAGAUGUCGAGCGAUACUACGAGGUCGGACAAGGCAGUCGAUAUGGCCGGACCAUGGGCGCUGGCUGGGUGAACGAGCUCAUUGCGCGGCUCACGGAUGCGCCGGUCUCAGAUUCGACCAGUACCAACCGUACCCUGGACCAAGACGAAGCGACAUUCCCACUAGGCGGGAAACGGCUCUUCGUCGACUUCUCGCAUGAUAAUGAGAUCAUUGAGAUCAUGACUGCGCUGAACAUCAUUCCACAACACCGCGAUCUACCUACAGACAAGAUUCCACGGAAACGCUCAUAUCAACUCUCUGGCCUGAUACCUUUUGGCGCUCGCCUCGUCGUGGAGCGCAUAGCCUGUGACCUGGCCAACUGGGAGCCGGACCCGAACUCGGGGGAAGAUCCGGAUGGGAACGGGCGGGAGGGAGAUGGCCGAAAAGACUACGUUCGGAUCUUUGUCAACGACAAGAUCUACCCUGUCGACUACAUCGAUUGCAAACAGUCGGGCUUUGUUGAGCAUGACAUGUGCGAGGUCGAGGCGUUCUUGGCGGCGCAGUCUUGGGCAACGGAAGAGGUGGAUUGGGGGGUAUGCUAUGCGCGGGAUUGA